GUGCACCCCAACGAGUCGAACUUCGAAAUCGAAGCGAGCGCAAGAAACAAGACCACUUAUACAGCAACAAGUAAUUCAAUUAGACGACAAGAUGCCCAAGUCGAAACGCGCGAGGGUGAUCCACGCCUCCUCAGUGACCAAAAAGACACGCGAGCACAAGGAGCGUCUGUUCGAGAACGUGCGCGAAUGUAUACCGCAGUACCAGCACUGCCUCGUCCUCACCGUCGACAACAUGCGCAACACCUAUCUCAAGGACGUGCGACAGGAACUAUCCGAUAGCCGCCUCUUCUUCGGCAAGACGAAGCUCAUGGCCCGCGCCCUGGGCCACACGCCCGAAGACAGCCAGGCCGACAACAUCUACCAGCUGACGCCGUAUCUCAAGGGCGCCGUCGGCCUGCUCUUCACGAACCGCGACCCGGCCUCGCUGCUGUCUUACUUCGGGGAGUUCAGCCAGGUGGACUUUGUGCGCCCCGGGGUGGCCGCGGCGCGGGAGUUCGUGGUACCCCGCGGGAUCGUCAUGAGCACGGGCGGCGAGGUCCCCGCCGAGCACGACGUGCCCAUGGGCCACACCCUCGAGCCCGAGCUGCGCCGUCUCGGUGUGCCCACGCGCAUGGUCAAGGGAAAGGUCGUGCUCGAAGAGGCUCCCGAGGGGGCUUCUGAGGACGAGAAGAGGGGCUACGUCGUCUGUCGCGCCGGCGACGUCCUCGACUCGCGCCAGACGAGGCUGCUCAAGCUCUUCAGCGUCUGCAUGGCCGAGUUCCGCGUCCGCGUGCUCGCGUACUGGAGCGCCGCGUCCUCCGAGGUCACCAAGGUCGAUGCGAAUCCUGCUGGUGCCGCUGGCGACAUGUAAGGGCUCGACGACGAGUAAGAAUGUUUGGGGAGCAAAAUUCUCAUUCAGCAUGCACAUCCAUCUACCUACCUACCUACCUACCUACCUACCUGCUUCCUGCCGGUCUGUUCUUUUUCUAUCAUGUUCUGGGUUCUGAAACUUCCUUUUUUUUGUUCAUUGUUUAGGUCAUAGCUGUAUGCAUCAUCUCCAUGGCGAUACCAAUGGUUGCUGGCGUUCAUGGUUAUUAGGCGGUUAGGAGAAAAGAAAAGUAAAGAAUAAGUAUAUAUUGAAAUGACACGUAUAAUCACGAUCUCACAAUGGACAACAUAUGGCUACUUGACUAGUGACUACAUUCGUUGUCUUGAGCAGUGUUUAUUGCCUGGCCGGCAAACUAGUUAGCUUCUCUCUACCUCGUGGUUGCCUCUUGAGACCAGACAUUGAUAG